AGCCAAACCUAACGCACGGAGUCGAUCGAAAGAGGUGGGAGGUCAAGGGAAGAUUCGUCAGCGGAUCAUCGCCAUGGGAGGAGGAGGAGGAGGCGAGCACGGAUCUCAUGGAGGAGCGGGCGCCGCCGGGGACUUCCGAACGAAGGUGUGGAGCAUGACCGGUGGGCCGUACUGCCGUCCCAAGCACUGGAAGCGCAACACCGCCAUAGCCUUCUUAGGCGCCUUCCUCGUCUGCAUCCCUAUCGCUAUUAAAUCCGCCGAGCUCGAGCAACGGCCUCAUUAUCCAGUUCGCCCAAUUCCUUCACAACUUUGGUGCAAGAACUUUGGCAAGAAAGAAUACUAGUUCCAUGUAUUAAGAAUACUAAUAUUUGGACUGGUUUUGGGUGUGGUUCUCAAACAGGAGUCAACUUCUUUUCCUUCUCAGAUGUCCUUUCAGCGACAUGCUCUGCUGUUGUGAUUAAGUACUUAUUUCAUAAUAUGGCUGAACAAGUGUUUAAUCCAGAAGGAUUAUUUCUUGUGGUCGCUACGGAAUAAAGACAUAUUCUGUUAACCGCAUGUACUCCAGGAUUGUGUGAGAACUUUUUAAUGGGAAUAUGUUCUAUUUCUUGAUGUACAA